UUGGAAAGGUUAUUUAAGUGGUUGCAUGCCUUUGUUUUAUUCAUUCUUAUGCUAAGCCUAGACUGUGUAAGAGCUAUCUAUACUCGUAAAUAAAAUCGAGUUAACAAGUGAAACGUCUAUUUCUUCGUUACUACUUCUAACCUAAUGGAUGGUCAUGAGAACUUACCACCCGAUGGCCAUGCAGACCAUGCGAAUAGUGGAACUUCGCCGACAGCAGCGGUGGGAUCACAAUCCCCUAUACUAGGCGGGCGUCGCCGAUCGGUUAUUCAACCUGAGCCUACUUUUACCAUGGACCAAGUGAUGAGCCUGGUAACCACAGUCACCAAGCAAGCCGCAGCAAGUGCUGUUAAUGCGGCACUGUCUGCCACUGCCGCUAAUCCACAACAGCCGGCGCUACCCCGUGAACGAGGAAAUUUCUACCUACCCCCGUUCGACCCGGAUGUACGAUCUCAUGAUAUUCGAGAUUGGUGCGCUAAUGUCGAUGAAACCAUUUCCGUCUUCGCUAUAUCACCUCAAGAAGCACGGAUGAAAGCUAUACUUCAGUUAAAAGGAAGAGCAAAAGUGUGGGCCGACACGUGGUCUCUACAUUCAACUACUUGGGAUCAGGUGAAGGAAGAUCUAAUCAAGACAUUCUCAAUGGAGUUCCGGUAUGCUGAUGAUGUACAGAAGUGGCGCAACUACACGUCGGACCAAGCAGCGAGCUACGCCGAAUACGCCACUACAGCUUGGACAUUAUUCAAGCGCGUGCGGCCGGAAGCGAAUGAUGCCGAUGCUGUGGAUGCUGUUAUCACAGUGGUGGAGCUUGAUAAACCGUGGUAUUCUGCUAUGCAAGAUCUACAGUUAGCAAUUAAUUGUACGAUUUCUAAAAGUACCGGUAAAAGUCCAUUAGAACUGUUGCUAGGGAAAAAAUGUUCGCCACCCGCUAUCAAGCUUCUCCAAGUUGAUGAUGAUGAGCCUAUAGAGGACCUUACUUCUGUUAGAAAUGUUUGUAAGCAAAGGAUGGACGAGCGAUCUUUUCAAGACAAAUUGAGGUUUGAUAUAGGUAAAGCGCAGGUCAAACCUUACAAAGUGGGAGAUUUUGUUUUGAUGCGUCGUCAUGAAAGACAUACUACCAAACUGGGUGCAAAAUUUGAGGGCCCCAUGGAAAUAUUGGAAAUAUUACCAAACGACCGCUAUAAAUUAAAACAUGUCAAUUUACGUGGAAGUACUGAAAAGAUCGCUAGCCAUGAUUUCUUAAGACCUGCUCCUACAGGGCAGACAGAUCCAUUUAAUAAUAAUGAUGACGAGUCUUCCGUGUGGGCGGUGGAAGAGACGAGUAGCAGUGUUCAAAAUGAAGACUGCUCUCAGUCCGAGACUCAAUAAAAGUGGUUUAAUUAAUUAGAUAUUAUUAUGCAUUGUUCCACCUUAUCCACAACACCUUCCUUAUAACGCUGGCUGGCCACCACGCGUUUCCUUUUCCCGGUCUUGACGGCUAGAUCUCUAUGUUGAGUGAUGCCGGUAUGGGCUAGAUCCCAGGAUGGGUGAUGCCAGGAUCAGCGCAGGGAGCGCGCUGGAGCAGAAUGGCCGUGUGGGCGGCAAUCCUUGAUGUUUGUUUAAAUGUAUGUUUUUAAAUAAUUUUAAUUAGAUUUUUAUUACUUUAAUCGAUUGUUGCGAAUAAAUAUAAAAUAUAUUUGAUUUGAAGGAAGCAUAGUCAAUUGACUGUUUAAUUAUAAUUUUGAUAUGAUAAACUGAAUAUUUUUAAUUAAAAUAUGCUCAAAAUUAAUGUAUUAAAUAUUUAUUUUUAUUAAAU